AUGACCUCAGUUCCCUCGGCCGAUCAGCGGCCGCCUCUACGCCUGCACGAUCCCGCCUCAUUCUCGGCCACCAACAAUCCUUUUGGCUUGAGUACAACGCAGGGCAGAUCGCAGCCCGCGGGAAUAUUCGAUGUGGACGACAGGGCCACUAAAAGACGGAAGGUUGACGAACCGGCCGACGCCGAGGGUGACCCGGCUCAGCCGCUGCCAUCGGUCCCCGAGCCACCCAAGGCACCGCAGCCAAAGUACCGAACCACCCAGGACCUGCGACUAUUAUCUGCGGUGCUAACUGCUGAUGGCUUCCCGGACAAUAUCAAAUCGGACGCCAAAGAUUUGCCGUUAAUGCCGUCGCAUCCUUGGAGAGAUCGGCCGCAGAAAAAGUCACCCGAGGAACCAAAGCCUACUCACCGUUCGAGGCCGAAGAGACAGGUACCAUGCACGCCGGAUACCCUUGUAAUCCCCGACUCUGGCCCCAGGCUCGUCAAUGGCAACCCUGCCGGUUAUUUCCCCUGGGGCACGAGGAAGCAUGCCGAGGAUAAUUUGAGUGAGAUCAAUGUCAAGCAAGGCUACUACGAUCGGCCACCCAAUCCUCCAGAGAAAGAGCUCAACACUGCCAGAGUGCCACUGUACAAUGCAUUCAAACAUCGCGGCGGCGUCGAAAGCUUGUCCACGCUCUUCACGAUUGUUCUCGAAGCUAAAGCCAAGCACGGCGUCCUCACCUCGGCCAGCUCCUUCAAGCCACCCCCGAGAGUCACGCUGGCUGAGCCGAGAAAGAAGUCCUGGAUCGCUGACCUUGCGGAUCCCAACGUGCCCCUGAGGAAGCUGAGUAGGACUAUUCCUCAAGGAAUCAGAGGCCACAGUCUCCUGGAACAAUGCCUGCAGAACUCUGUGCCGCUUAGCAGGACCAUCUGGUUUGUCAAAUGUGUGGGUGCAAAUGAGAUCAGGACACUUAAGCGGAAGGGCACCUCGCAGGCCGCUGCCGUGGGUGGUGAGCGGAACUGGCUGAGAGAAUGGACACUCAAUGUCCAACAAUUCCUUGAGGCAGUUCUGGCGCAGAGUGGGCAGCCGAGCUGGAAGCCGAAUCUGCAGUAUGCUCUACGGUUAACAACGAGAUUGUAUUUGGAGAACCUCGUCGACCGCGACCACUACCUGGACUGGCUUGUCAAUACGUUUGCGGCCGUGGGCAAUGAGAAGUUGCCCUUCUGGCUCAUGCUGUCGCACGUCUUCAAGCAGGAUGUAGCGAAAUUCCGGAAACGAGGUCGUCGACUUGCUGCAUCACUGACAAAGCGAUAUCUCCUUUUGAAGGACUCUAGCAAUGCCAUGGUUCAGGCAGUCGCGCAGAAGUUGAAGGACGCUAUCCGUGGGUUUGUGCUGCACAGGCCUCAACUGUUCCUCAUUCCGGAUAUCUGGCCGGAGGUGAAGUCUGCUUUGGAAACGUGUCUGCAAAAGGACAGCGCGCUUGAGACUCGGCUCUUGCAGCGGCUGAACUUUGUCAACGAGCGCUGUAUGGGUUCGAACAAGCAGCAAUAUUUGGCGAGGCCAGUUCCCAGAGACGAUAUUAUCGGAAUUCUGGACGCUACCUUCGCGCCAUUUGACGUGACUACACUCUCGCAACAGCUUCUCACAGUCACCUCCGAUCAGCAGCUGUUGAUUUUGGCAGCCAUAGAAUGGGCAACAACCAAGUAUCGAUGCGGACAGGCACGAAUCUAUCUGGUAUCUAGAUUACUCCGAAAGUGGCAAAAAAUGGGUAUCAACACGGACGAAGCUAUCAUCGCUUUCGUGGCCAAAUGCCACGGCUCCCCUGAGCUAUUCGACUCCGCUGCACUUAAACACCUUGCAGCAGAGCUCUCGCGCUCUCGCUCAUUUCCCAGCAGCAAGUAUAUGCAGUGGCUGAGUGUGCGUGGCCUGCCCUGGCCGAAUUCUGUAACUACCUCGGAAACACAGAGUCGCACCGGCGCCGAGGAAGUGCUGAUACGGCAAGUGUGCUCGGAUGAGACGCUCCUUUUAGCCGAAUUACUUUUCUCGGACGUCGAGAGUCACCAUCUCAAUUUGCGCAAUGCUCUACUCGGUCGAGCAGGCUUUGAUGCGGAGCUAGAGAGGAAGACUACCCAGUUUGUGCAGACUCGGGUGAGGAACUUGUUGGGCCGGGUCGAAAAUGAUGAACAUGCAUCUGUUUGUUCGGCGACAGAUUUUGAGCAUUUGCUGUCUGGUUGGAAUUGGCGCGUGCGGUCCGCCGUCUCUCACGGCUUACGUGGCUAUGUUGUUGCGCAGGUGAAGCGUCAAGCAACCACGAGGCAGGGCAGCACGCCUUUGCAGAAAGAGAGUGGAUUCACGACGCCAAGCUUCGACUUCGUUCGCAGUUGUCUAGAAGCGCUGGGCGACGAUGCCGUCCUGGCAGACGUUGUCGGCCUCUGCUCUGCCGUCAACGACGAGCAGUUGCAAGCAGCUCUAGUAGACACUGUCAUCCGUCAUGCUGCGACCUUCUCGGCCAUUGGCGCUCUCGAGCCACUCCAAACCCGCUUCUGCCAGAACUAUAUGUCUCUUCGCACUGUCAAUCCAACAAUGCCCCUGUUUGCCACGGCUCUGCUUGAGCUGUGUACUACCUAUCCCACCAAACUUGGCUCAAUCAAGCUUCUGCAGCUGGACCUAAUACGUGGCGAUCGGGGUCGUGCGAUUGCCGCUUGCUCGCCAUUCAGUGAUGGCGUUGCCGAGUCUUUACAACACGCCGAAGCAAGCUUCAUCGAUGAGUUCGAAGCUGUUUUGCAAUCCGAGCCCAGCAUGAGUGAGCAAGCGAUGGCCAAAAUGUUCGCGUUGCUCGUUGAGCGCAUGGAAAAGCAGGCUCAUGGCAGCGACAGCGAGUUCUUGUUCACCUGCUGUCAAUUGAUGGCGCGUCUAAGACUAUGUAGACGCACUCAGGGCGACCAGUUGCUGAAAACAUGGCUGGUGAAGCUUCUAUCGAUGAAUCCUACAGGUUUCGCGCAGACGCUGGUCUCGAACCUCAUUUGCGUCGGCGCUGUAUCUGUGGAUGCACUAGUGGAUGCCUUUGCAGGUCAUAGGAUGGCGCCGUAUAUUCUGCAGCACAUGUUUCCCACAGCCUUGCCCAAUCGGCCGUAUUCGGUGGUCACCAAGUGGGCCGACUUUGGCCAUCGAAAGCCUUCCCAGCUUCUGAAUUUGACAAGUCAGUUGCCGCCGGCGGCGGCAGGAGGCUUCGAUAUCCAAGAGCUGUGCGCUCGAAUUGUCGUCAAAAGCGACGUGGUCCUGGACCAGGCAGCCAACACUCGGCUAAAGCAGACCCUGGAUGGAUUCCUCGGUAAAGGUGAGAGCGGCGAUGCAAGCUCCAGCCUCGAGGCAAUGGACAGCUUCUCUCUUCCAUUCGUGAGGCUCUACUUUCAGCUCUCAGCAACUUCCACAAGCCAGACCGAUGAGAGUGGCCUUGCAGAGUCGAUCGUCAGCGUUGCUGCUUCCGGGUCCAUUGAGAACAUUGCCAAACUUCUGCAGUCUGCCGGACCUGAGCUUUCUGGCCAAGUAAGGCGCUUGCUGGAAGACAAUAUCAUCGAGAUGCUACCCAGCCCAAGUCAGGGUAAGCUUCUCGAUGUCAGCCUCGACCCCGAACGUAUCGAACGCCUCCAGGUUGCGGUCGAUCAAGCCUUCCUUUUGUGUCAGCCAAGCUCGACCUCGUCAUCAAAGAACGCCACGCAACUCAUUGAGAAGCUGCAGCAAUUCCUUAAGUUCCUUGGGCCUUCCGGAAGCAGUCAAAACCAAGCUGCCUCACCCGCUGCGUCGCAGAAGCCGGCUGUUACCUCACCUUCCACGCCAUCUAUAGCUGCCAUGCCCAGUCUUAGCAGCCACCUCGUCCCUUCGUCGCCGAUGGAUUUCUCAAGCAGAGCCCUUCCACACACCAUCAUCGAUUACUUCCGUGUGCUACUGAACCUCUUGUGCCUCCAACGGCCCGCUCCACCCGCAGCAUCGGACGCCAAAGCCGCCCCGAGCAAGACAAACCAAGAGUACGUCCGGGUACUUUCCUACCUCGCGUUUAUAGCCACGCACCCUGCCUUCCUCCUACCGUCGACCACCUUCCCGGCCUCUCCUGCUCUUCAACAGCGUGCCCGCGAAGUUGUUGACUUUGCCUACGACGUCAUGGCCACUUUCGUCGAUGACCUCAGUGAGGAAAGCCGCAUCCUCUGCUCCCGCAUCCUCAAAGACCGCCUGACCGAAGGCGCCACGGGACCGGCGUAUGCGGCCGUCAAGGAAAGUCAAGCGCGCCUGCGGUGGCUGUUUGGCAGCAUCAACGCCAUGGGCAGCGACAUGCCCAGUGCAGAGGAGAUGGGCAAGGGUCUGCUCGUGAAGCGGAGCGUGCCCGGUGGCGGUGCGGAUGGGAAGGGUGCCGCUGAGACGGUCAAGGACUGGAAGCCGAGGAUCUGGGAGGUGCUGGAGAGCCAGGGCCGAGGAGACGGCGAGGUCAGUGUUGGAUUAGGCCUCUUUGGCGCGAGAAGACCGUGA